GGGUUUUCAGGUUCCUCCCGAUGGCCCCCGCCCUGCCAGGGGCCCAGCCCGCUGUCUCCACCCCACAGCCCCGCGCAAACCUGCCGGACCUGCGAGACAUCCAUUCGCCGCGAAUCCUCGACCCCAGGCGGCGGCAGUGGUCUGGGUGAAGUCCGGAGGCGGGGGAAAAAUGUUCAGCCGCCUGGCAGGGGGAGGGGGUUAACUGUCCCACCCACCUCCGCCUGAUUUCGGUGAGGAGGGUGCCGCCUGGCUCCCGUGCCUAAAUGGUCCAAGCGCGUGGAGAGUCUGGGAACUAGAAGGAGUGACCCGCCGAGAUGGAGCUGGUCGGCACCUGGGCGCAGCUGCUCCUGCUCCUGCUGCUGCUGUUGCUGCUUCUGGCGCGGGCGUUGCCCGGGACCCGCACCCGAGGCCAACUGCCCCCCGGGCCCACGCCGCUGCCGCUGCUGGGGAACCUCCUGCAGCUCCGGCCCGGGGCGCUGUACUCCAGCCUCCUGCAGCUGAGUAAGAAGUAUGGACAAGUGUUCACGGUGUACCUGGGGCCCCGGCGACACGUGGUGGUCCUUGUUGGCCACGAAGCCGUGCGCGAGGCUCUGGGAGGCCACGCCGAGGAGUUCAGCGGCCGCGGGCUGUUGGCGACCCUGCACGGGACCUUCGACGGCCAUGGGGUUUUCUUCGCCAAUGGGGGGCGCUGGCGGCAGCUGAGGAGGUUCACCACCCUGGCUCUGCGGGACCUGGGCAUGGGGAGGCGGGAAGGCGAGGAGCUGAUCCAGGCUGAGGCCCGGCGCCUGGUGGAGGCCCUCCAGGAGACGCAAGGGCGGCCCUUCGACCCCUCCCUGCUGCUGGCCCAGGCCACCUCCAACAUCGUCUGCUCCCUCGUCUUUGGCCUCCGCUUCCCCUAUGCGGAUGAGGAGUUCCAGGCUGUGGUCCGAGCUGCUGGCGGCACUCUGCUGGGGAUAAGCUCCCCGUGGGGCCAGACCUACGAGAUGUUCUCCUGGCUUCUGCAGCCCCUACCAGGCACCCAGGCGCAGCUCCUCAGCCACGUGGGCACCCUGGCUGCCUUCGCCGUCCAGCAGGUGCUGCGGCACCAGGCGAGCCUGGACAUCUCGGGCCCCGCACGCGACGUCGUCGAUGCCUUCCUGCUGAAGAUGGCGCAGGAAGAAAAAGACCCAGACACAGAAUUCACUGAGAAGAAUUUGCUGAUGACCGUCAUUUAUCUGCUGUUCGCGGGAACGGUGACGGUCAGCGCCACAGUCCGCUAUGCCCUCCUGCUGCUGCUGAAAUACCCUCAGGUUCAUGCGCGUAUCCAGGAGGAGCUGGCGCGGGAGCUGGGGCCCGGCCGGACGCCAGGCUUGGGGGACCGCACCCGCCUCCCGUACACAGACGCGGUCCUGCACGAGGCUCAGCGGCUGCUGGCGCUGGUGCCCAUGGGCGUGCCCCGUGCCCUCACACAGACCACCUGCUUCCGGGGGUACACCCUGCCCCAGGGCACGGAGGUCUUUCCCCUCCUUGGCUCCGUCCUGCAUGACCCUGAGGUCUUCGAGCAGCCAGAGUUGUUCAACCCAGGCCGUUUCCUCGACAAGGACGGACGGUUCAAGAAGCACGAGGCGUUCCUGCCCUUCUCCUUAGGGAAGCGUGUCUGCCUCGGGGAGGGCCUGGCGAGAGCAGAGCUCUUUGUCCUCUUCACCGCCAUCCUGCAGGCCUUCUCCCUGGACAGCCCCUGCCCGCCAGCUGCCCUGGGCCUCCAGCCAGCUGUCAGCGGCUUUGCCAACAUCCCCCCAGCCUACCAGCUGCAGGUCCAGCCUCGCUGACCUCCACUCCACACGUGUGGACCAGGGGGAGCCACGGGGGUGCCGGCUGCCACGGGCGUGGACAUGCAUUCUCCAGAGCCGUGCGUCUGCACAGCAGGCAGCCACAUGCACACACCUGUAGCUGCUUUCUAGAGUCAGACACCCGAUUCACAGCAUAGCCGUCCACAGGGCUGACAGAGGGCCACGCUCACCCGGCCCACGACACACAAAGCCACACACCCACGCGGAGCCACUCAACCGUGGGAACCCGGCCACCCAGCACUCUGCAGGGAUCAGCUCACCGUCGGGAGUCGCGACCACGUGCCCAGGGGACCCACCAACUCACACCCGGUGCCCCUGGACUCAUGGCCCACACGUGGACACUGGGCUGCCACCUUCCCGAGUCACGGCCACGCGUGAACACGGCCCACGCCCCCUCCUCAUUCAUCAAAUGUAUUGAGGGCCACCGUCUCCGGGAGCCUGGCUCAAGAAAGAGCAGCACACGCCCUUCCCAGCUCAUGUCACUGAACGUUCCUCCCACUGAGGCACACCACUCACGGACACAUGGACACAUCUUUAGCCCUCAAGGACAUCCUGCUCCCCCAGUUCUCCCAAACACAAACACGUCCUCAGUCUGCAGUUGUGCUUCCAGUGAACCCACUGAACUUGGCCACACAGGGGCCCUCAGGGCGGAGGAGCCCCCCCACCCCACCCUGGCUUCUGUAACCAUGCUGAAAGCCUCCUCUCCCCCUGCAAGCACACUGACCCCCCGGCUCAAAGUCCAAGCCCCAGCUGGACCCAGUGGAAGGGGCUCAGCGGGCCGAAGAAGAGGCUCCGUCUGGCCUGGUCACUUGAAACUCCCGUUUUGCAAUAAAACAGUUUCUUUCUGGCCCA